CAACUGAGCCAAUAGCAGCGCCAACUACACUUCCUUCUCCAACUACCGUGUCAACAACACUGGCUCAAUCAACAGUUCAAACACUGCCACAAUCUCCAACAACAAUCGAGGAAACAACAACAACUGAAUUGCCAGUGAUUACGUCUGCUACAACUUCAUCAAAACCAACAACAAGAAUUCAAUCAACAACACCAACAACGAGCACUCCAUUAGACACCAGGGCUUCAACUACACUACCGGGAACAACCUACAUUGAAACCCAGCCACCAACUACAACAGAAUCAACAACAAACGCUAUUUCGUCUAAGUAUCUAAAACAGGGUAUAUUUCAUUACAGUGGAUUGGCAGCACCUGUCCAGGGACACACACUCGAACUAACAACACCAAAU